CGCACGCACACACACACACAUACAGCAUCUCCAUCUCGACUCUUCACCUGCCCUCAUCAAUACAAGCCGAAUUGAAACUGUCUUUGAACCCGUUUAAAGCGUGAAAGUCGACCGCGUUUGGCUGGUGAAAUAAUCUUUUAAAGAUGGUUAAACUGGGGAGUAAUCUACAAGAAAAAGGAGCAAAAGCUGUUAGCGUUGAGGACGGCUUUCAGAACGUCCCCCUCAUCACGCCCUUGGAUGUUACUAAUCUUCAGUACCAAGCACUAGACAAGGUGGUGGUGAAGACACGAACCGAGUAUCAGACGGAACAGAAGAAUAAGGCCAAGCUGAAGGUUCCCAAGGUGGAGGAGUUCACCAUCAGUGUGACUGAUGGAGUUUCUGAAAGGCUGAAGGUGACCAUCCUCAUCAUACUGGCCUUGGCCUUUCUGGCCUGCAUAGUGUUUCUGGUGGUGUACAAAGCGUUUACCUAUGACCACACCUGCCCUGAUGGCUUUGUGUAUAAGCACAAGCGCUGCAUCCCUGCCUCACUGGAGGCCUACUACACCGCCCAGGAUGCCAACAGCCGCGGCCGCUUUUACACCGUCAUCAGCCACUACAGCAUGGCCAAGCAGACCACCUCCCGCUCUGUUUCUCCAUGGCUUCCCGCUGGAAGUGCCCAACAUGAUGUCAAGCCUCCCAACACAGACAGCCAAUGAGAUUUUCCACGCUGCUUUUUAAAGAUUUGUCAUCACGUCCACCUGCAUCACGCAAUUCCCUAAUCCCCCAAUAUUUCCACCGGCUCAUUUGUUUCUUUUAUGUCCAUUGUUUAAUUUUUUAGCUGCGUAGUUUUAAUCUUAUAUUAAUUUUUGAUUAUUAUUUAUUAAUAUUUA